UUUACCUGAAGGCACAACUGGAAGCGUACAUCAGCAACCUUCAGAGAGUGCGUCUGAUUCGAACAAAUAAGAGGGAAGGAUUGGUACGUGCCCGUUUGAUUGGUGCUACUUUUGCCACUGGAGAUGUGCUUACAUUUCUGGAUUGCCACUGUGAGUGUGUCCCUGGCUGGUUGGAGCCACUGUUGGAGAGAAUUGGGGAGAAUGAGACUGCCAUUGUUUGCCCAGUCAUUGACACUAUCGAUUGGAACACGUUUGAGUACUACAUGCAGACUGGAGAACCGAUGAUAGGGGGAUUUGACUGGCGUCUCACCUUCCAGUGGCACAGUGUGCCUGAACACGAAAGGCAGAGAAGGAAGUCGAGAAUAGACCCAAUCAGAUCACCCACCAUGGCAGGAGGAUUGUUUGCUGUUAGUAGGAAAUAUUUUGAAUAUCUGGGCACCUAUGACACUGGCAUGGAGGUGUGGGGAGGCGAGAAUCUGGAACUGUCUUUUAGGGUAUGGCAGUGUGGUGGCACGCUGGAGAUUCACCCCUGCUCACAUGUGGGCCAUGUAUUUCCAAAACGUGCUCCGUACGCUCGCCCAAAUUUCGUCCAAAAUACUGUACGAGCAGCUGAGGUGUGGAUGGAUGAAUACAAAGUGCACUUUUACUAUCGAAACCCUCAAGCUGUAAAGGAAAACUAUGGUGAUAUUUCUGAGAGAAAAUUGCUCCGAGAACGUUUAAAGUGCAACAAUUUCAAAUGGUAUUUGGAUAAUGUAUACCCAGAGUUGCACAUUCCAGAUGAUCGGCUCAACUGGCAUGGAGCGAUCCGUAGCACAGGAAUUUCUUCGGAAUGCUUAGAUUACAAUGCACCUGAGCAUAGUCCUGUAGGAGCACAUCUGUCUUUAUUUGGAUGUCAUGGGCAAGGAGGCAAUCAGUAUUUUGAAUACACGUCCAAAAAGGAAAUCCGGUUUAAUUCUGUGACGGAGCUAUGUGCAGAAGUGACUGAAAGACAGAAUUCGAUUGGAAUGAAGUUCUGUUCCUCAGAUAGCACCCCUGUCCCAGACUCUCUUAUAUGGGAAUUUAAACCUGAUGGAACAAUCUUCCACCCCAAAUCCAACAAGUGCAUUACUUCCUAUCGGACUCCUGAAGGAAAGACUGAUGUGGAGAUGAGACCUUGCAUUUCACCGGAUAGAAAUCAGAUCUGGCAUUUUGAAUAAAAGGGACUACUCAUUUUUUUAGAGUAAAUAUACAAAAUGUAUAACUUGUGUUCUGUGAAACAUGGUUAGUGUAAAGUGGACAAGUAACAUUUAUGCAUAGAAACUAAAGGCAAAUUAAGUGUCACCAUUGUGCCUAAACAGGGUUUUGGAAGGGGGCAAAGGAUUGGUGGGAGGAAGGAAUGUGGGAGAUGGGAAGGUUAGAUUUGUGGUGAUUGAAGAUUUUGUGUCCUGUUUUUGAAUGCUAGUCAUUCUUGUGUGUAAUUUCUGAUGACUGCAUACAGAUGUUCACCUUCCUCCAAAAAUGAAAUCCCUGCUGUUGGAUGUCCCUGAUUGCCUUGUGGGUAAACACAUUACCUGGUAGCUGUAGAGGACAGAGGUCACAGAUUUGAUUCCUGGUCUGAACACAUAAGCCAAUCUCAGAGGUCAGUGCUGGAAUUGCUGUAAGAGCCCCUGUCGAGGCAGGAGAGUAUCAGGAUUUCUACCUCUCACUACUAGGCAAUGUCCACUGCUGGAAAGUUGUGUGGGUGAACAUUAGAUUAAGAUACGAUCAGGCUCAGUUAUGAGUCCUUCACAAUCCAAUGCUGUAUUGGCAUUCAUGCUCUAGGCUCCCACCUGAAGAAUGCCCAUUUGAGUGAAGUAUUGUAUAUCACAUGGAAAGUCUACAACUUCAGGAGAAGAGGGAAGACUUAUUUUUCUUUAAAUUCACUGUUUCAGAUAGUGAAACUAACCAAUUUCAAUCUGCCUUGUAAUUUGUGCAAUCUUUGUGACCUGCCUUUUCUGGGGUUUUUUCAAAAAGGAAAAGAUUGCAGGCUUCAAUCUACCAAAUGAAACUACAGUUUACUGUUUACUUGUGAAAUUUAGAUUUGUCAAUUUUUUACUCAAUUAAAUGUGGUUUUGAUAUACAAGAUGGUUUUAAAAAGGUUAAAUUGUUUUCUGAAAACAUUUUGAAAUGCCUGUGGUAAAGGAACUAAAUGAAAAAUAAAUGCAAUAAACUACUGUUUUAAGAUUCUAUAGUAAUAAUACAAAGAGAUUUGCUGAAAAUGGGUACAGCCUACAGUAUCAUUUAGGACAUGAACUGGCUUUAUCAGCAAUCUUAUACAAAAUUGUUAAUGUUUCCGCUUUACUUGAUACAAAAUUAUGCCUUUUAUGAUUAGAAUACUAAUUAGCCAUCACAGAUGUAAAAAUAGUUAGGCCCUUCUCUGUGAAUCAAUAUCAUCAGACGAUCUUUACUGAGAUAUGACAGACUGUAAAAAAGAGACUGUUACGAACGCACGCUGUAGCCUGGGCAAUUUUAAAUAAAGAUGAAACAUUAAAAACUUCUAA